GUGAAAGUGGAGAGGCAGGCAGGCAGACGUGUUGCAACAGAUGGCUUUACCAGCGGCGGCUCGGCGGCGGCUGCACCGAGGAACUCUGGGAACGCCGUUAGACACAGAGCAGAGACAGAGGAAGAGGAGUUAGAAAAGUCACAGAUUACAGAAGAAGGAGACAGAGUGAGACUUCUUCUUCUCCCUCCUCCUCCUCCUCCUCCUCCUCCUCCUCCUCCUCCUCCUCCUCCUCCUCCUCUUCCUCCCCCUUUUUGGCUGGACAAACUCACUGUCUUGGUCUCCAGACGAACAGGAAGACAUGUCAGUGUGAGCACAAGUUUGAAAAGGAGCAACAGUUGUAAGGAGGAGAGGAGAUCUGAGCCUUCAUCCUCCUCCUCCUCCUCCUCCUCCUCCUCCUCCUCCUCCUCCUCCUCCUCCUCUUCCUGAAUCGCAGGGUCAGAGAGGAGAACACCUGCUGACAGCAAGGAGGUCCUGAGGGAGGAGACGCAGCAGCAGCAGGAGUUAAGACAAAAAGGGCCUCGUCCAGAAUCGAACCUGUGACCGGGACGCCGCUCAUCAAAGGGUUCAUCAGGACUGAACUCAGCAGGACUCUCGUCUCUCACUGCAGGUCCCUGCUGAGCUGAACACACUGCGUCAAACACCGAGUACACUCCAGAGUGUCUGCACAAGAAGUUGAGUCUCCACAGCUGAUUGGUUGACCCCAUUGGUGAGGUCAGGAGUCGAAGGCCAUGGCGGGCCGACUCCUCCUCUUCCUGUUCGUCUCUGUGACGCUCGGCCACGCCAACUUCCUGUCCGGCCAGCGUCUGAAGCCCCGCCUCCAGAGGGACCGCCGCAACAUCCGGCCAAACAUCAUCCUCAUCCUGACGGACGACCAGGACCAGGAGCUGGGUUCGAUGCAGGCGAUGAAUAAGACUCGCCGCAUCAUGGAGGAGGGCGGGACUUCUUUCUCCAACGCCUUUGUGACCACACCCAUGUGCUGUCCGUCAAGAUCCAGCAUGCUCACUGGGAAGUACGUUCACAACCACAACACCUACACCAACAACGAGAACUGCUCCUCGCCGUCAUGGCAACGGCAGCAUGAGCCGCGGAGCUUCGGGGUCUACCUGAACAACACCGGAUACAGGACAGCCUUCUUUGGGAAGUACCUGAACGAGUACAACGGCUCCUACAUCCCCCCCGGGUGGAGGGAGUGGCUCGGUCUGGUGAAGAACAGCCGAUUCUACAACUACACACUGAGCCGCAACGGAGUCCGAGAGAAACACGGAGCGCAGUACCCACAGGACUAUUUGACCGACCUGAUCACGGCCGAGUCCAUCCGCUACUUCCGCUCCUCUAAGCGGGUUUAUCCUCACCGACCCGUCAUGAUGGUUCUGAGCCACGCGGCACCGCACGGACCCGAAGACUCGGCACCGCAGUACAGCACCGCCUUCCCCAACGCCUCACAGCACAUUACUCCCAGUUAUAACUGCCCGAACCAGGACAAGCACUGGAUCAUGCGUUACACCGGUCCCAUGAGGCCGAUCCACAUGGAGUUCACCAACAUGCUGCAGAGGAAACGGCUGCAGACGCUGCUGUCUGUGGACGACAGCGUGGAGAAGCUUUACAACAUGCUGGUGGAGACCGGUGAGUUGGAGAACACCUACAUCAUCUACACGUCUGAUCACGGAUACCACAUCGGACAGUUCGGCCUUGUCAAAGGUAAAUCCAUGCCGUACGAGUUUGACAUCAGAGUCCCGUUCUUCAUUAGAGGACCCAACGUGGAUCAAGGCAGCAUUAACCCUCACAUGGUCCUGAACAUCGAUCUGGCUCCGACCAUCCUGGACAUCGCCGGCCUCGACACUCCUCCAGACAUGGACGGGAAAUCCAUUCUGCCUCUGCUGGAGACCGACAAACCUGCUAACAGGUUUCAAGUGAACAAGAAGCCGAAGGUGUGGAGGGACUCGUUCCUGGUGGAGAGAGGGUAA